CCUUCAUUAUUUCAUGUCUUAUUUCUAUCGAACGUGUGAAAUGCAUCCUGCCUGCAGUUUUUGUGCGUAGUGUUCACAUCCUUGGCUUACACAACAAUCACUCGGGUGGCACAUAGUCCUCCGACUUCCAGCGAAGGAUCGGAAUCUCGUUCUCGAGGUCCGGGGGAACUGGCAGCGCUGCAUCGGCCUCCGUCCGUUGUGGUUCCCACAUGGGGUGCUUGACGUACCGAAUACCGGAGCUAGCAACAACCCCAACGAUAGUCUUCCCUUCCGAUUCUGGUCGGCAGGCAAUGUCUGCACACACCUUCACCACCGCUCCUGAGGUAGGCCCCACCAAGAGGCCCCUGAAGCAGCAGAGCAGCAUUGAAGGAAAAUAUCGCGUCCAAGCAUAAAAAAAUGAGACAAACGGUACCAAUGACGUCGUUCCUGAUUUGCCAAAAAAAAAAGCCUAGAUCGACUACCAUUGAGAUUCUAACAAAAGGAUGAACUUACUCUUCGGCGGCGAGGCGGUUUGCCCAUGCCACGGACUCGGGCGUUAGUGCCGAGCAGAAUUCCGAAAUAUAUCCCCGUGGACCGGGUUGCCACUCCUGGCCCGGUGCCAACGCUUCGAUGAACGGAAGCUUGAUGUUUGCACCAAUCCCGACCACCCCGUGAAGGGCUGGGGAACCGCCACUCAGCACAUUUCUGGUGGGUGCGCAAUAGUGCAUUCGAGCAAACGAAUAAUAGCAUUAGUAGAUACCAAGAAUACUAGGAGAAACGGACCAUAUUCCUGUUGUCGAUGAACAGAACAAUAAUCAGACUUUGCACUGUCACACUUACGCCUCGGUUGGUUCGACACAAACAACUUUCAUGUCCGGAUUCUGUUCCGUCAGGUACUUUGCACCGCCGGCGAGCGUUCCCCCGGUACCGGCCCCCGCGACAAAGAUGUCGAUAUCCCCGCCGGCUUGCUCCCAUAUUUCCGGCCCCGUCGUCUCGUAGUGGACCUUGGGAUUGUCCUGGUUGACAAACUGGGAGGGCAUCCAGUGCGUAUCGGGGUUCGCGGCUACCAAGUCCUCGGCGUAGGCUAGAAGGUUGUCGAAUGUUUUCUCCAUGUCGUCCUUGUUGACGCUCGUGAGAUGGACCUCGGCCCCGAACUUUCGGUCGAUGACGUAGCGCUCGUACAUAGCGGGGACCUGCGGCAUGACGAUGACGCACUUGUAUCCUUUUGCGGCGGCCACCAUGGCCAGCCCGAUCCCCGUGUUUCCGCUGGUGGCUUCGACGAUGGUGGUCUUGCCCGGCGUGAUCUCUCCGCGGGCCUCGGCCUCCUCGAUCAUGGAGAGGGCAAUACGGUCCUUGAUGGAGCCGCCCGGAUUUUGCAUCUCGAGCUUGAGCAGGAUCUUGUCGGCCACCAUGUUCUCCGGGAGCACGCGGUUGAUCUUUACCAUCGGUGUCUUCCCGAUGAGAUCACACACGUUUUCGGCGUAUCCGGCGAAUCCCCUCCGUGCUGUAGGACCGACGAUGCUCUUCAUCCGCUGGAAGAACAGGCGGCCCGAUGGAUUUGUUCGAGCCAGGAGGCGGGAGGCAGCUUGAAAAUUCAUCUUUUGUUUAUUUACUGAGUGUGGUGGUUAGAAAUUACUUCGUCGUGGUCUUUCUCGCUGUUGUAGAAUAUGAAGAAAGAUAUCACAGAUUA